AUGGCCAAGUUGCGAUGUGCAAGGGUCACAACCGAGGUUGCUCCACCAAGAUUCGUGUCAGUGACGCGGUGUCGGGUGAAGAAAAUGCUUGACACCAUUAUGGAGGAAGAGAACGAUUUUGUUGCUGACAAACGCUUCUCUUCACCAUCUUGUGGCUCAUCCUCUAUAAGCCUUAUAGAGAGGCCAAUUUUAAUUUGGAUUGUGAUUUUCCCUUCUUAUGUGGCUGCUCUUGUAUUUGUCUAUGGCUUUUAUGUCACAGUAGACACAGAUGAAUCCAGGGAUAGUAUCCACGAUGAUGAUUGUCACCUUGACUGCAUUUCGUUGCCCCUUGUCGUACGCCAUUGCUUGUCAGUUCUGCCAACAACCCCUCGUCGAUGCCCGUUGCUAGGCCGUACUGACAUUGAUCCAUCUCCAUCCUUGCUCGUCGCUGCCACCAUGCAAGUUGUAGUUUAUAUAUCUUCUCUUCCGUGA